AUGUCUUCUGCUAUCCACACGAGCAAACCCAAAUACCCUUCACAUUGGGUCCAUUCAGUUCUCAGAUGCACGUACAAUGACGCCAAAGACAUUAAACAGGGUCUAGACGAACUUCUUGGGGCCAAUGAAUAUAUCAUCAAACAUCGUAACGGCUACUGGGUUGUAUGGGCACCAAGAAAACUAAGUGCUUCAGAUGAAUCCAAACUCGAGAGCAAUGCACAUCUGCACUACAGGUCGUAA